AUGGCCCACUGGCUGCGGAGCCGGCCAAUGGUUUGUUAGAAUUUUGAGCCCAGCUGCGAUAACCGUAUUGACGGGCUGUUUACGGUUUCCCUCUCCUCACCUGUCCUUUCUUGGCACGCGGGGGAUUGGCUGCUCCGGGACCGGGGUGGGGAUGGCUGGGCUAUAAACGCAGCCCUGGGUCGGGGACCCAACACAGCCACCAGCUCCGCCCUUUGGAGACACGACAGAGGAGCGGGGAAGAGGAGACAGAAAAAUACAAGGCAGAAAAACAUCAUGAUGAUGCUUCACGUGGCCUGCGUGAUUCUCAUCCUCGUCAUCACCUCCGCCAAAAACUCCUGCUGCUUCCCAGGCCAGACAGCAAAUCCUGCUGGUUUGUUAAGGCAACAAAUGGAGCCCAUAGAAGAAACUCAGGAUCUGCAGGCCCCGCUCAGCCGCGCCAAGCGCUACACAAGCCCCUUAGCGAUCUGCGCCUACUGCUGCAAGUGCUGCCGGAACCCGGGCUGCGGCUUCUGCUGUCACACCUGA